AUGACUUCUCCUGAAGAGCGUCAAGUGUCAAUUUGUAUGCGAAAGUAUAAUUUAGAAGAAAUAGAAAACGAAUUCGUUACCCAUCAUUUAUCGGCGUUCCCUUUCCUAGAAGAAGAAAACAAGCAACACACCCUCAAAAUAUUGAAUGCGUUGCGCGAAGCGCGCUCUGUUAAUGCAGAAAUAAAACUUCUCAAGCAAGAAAACGGUCUUCUAACAUCUCAGCGCGCGCGAUUGCAGCGAAAAUGUAACGAAAUAACUAAAAUGGUGGAAAAAAUUAAUGAAGAGUCUCUAGAACUUGAACAAUUAAUUAGACAAGAAGAAAUAGAUUCCAGCCUUGAUAUAUGUCAGUAUGAAGCUGAACUUGGAGAGAUUAUAAAUAAAUGUCGUCAAUAUGCCAAUAUUUAUAACGAGGAGCUGAUUAGAGGGGAAACGGAAAAAGCUAAUAACAUUUUGUCAGACUUAGUGGCCGAAGAGAAGAUACGUCGUAUCGAAGUUGCAGAAAUAAAUAAUGCACUUUGUGACAUGAAAACAGAUGUCCCUGAAAACAUUUGCGAGAUUAUUAGCGUGUGCGGACCACCGGCCUGCACGCGCGAGAGCGGCGCGCAUGCGAUAUGCGACAUCUUUUUUUGA